AAACGAUGAUCAUCAUCAUCAUGAUACCAUUCCUCUUUCACAUACAUAACAUACUGUAUUUCAUUCUCACCAUCAACGAUUUCUAAACUGCCACAGCUAUGUCCUACGCAUCUCUCAGCGUCAAGGACCUGAACAGCCUCCUCUCAAGAUCCGGGAGCGGCUCAUCCUCUUCCCCCAGGACUCCGGGUCAGACCCGACCCGUAAAAGUAAUCCCGCUCCAGCAUCCCGACACCUCCGACGACGCUCGCCCUCCUUCCAUCCCUUUCGACGACAUCUUCUCCAGAUGGACGGCGAAGAUCAAGCGCAUGAGCCUCCUCGAUUGGGUCGAUACUCUCUUCCCUUGCUUCCGAUGGAUUCGCACUUACCGGGGGAACGAGUACUUCAAGCUCGAUCUCAUGGCCGGUGUCACCGUCGGUGUAAUGCUCGUCCCCCAGGCGAUGUCGUAUGCGAAGCUAGCUGGCCUUCCACCAAUCUACGGCCUAUAUUCAUCGUUUGUGCCUAUAUUUGUGUAUGCUAUAUUCGGAUCAUCGCGUCAGCUUGCGAUUGGACCUGUAGCAUUGGUGUCGCUUCUCGUUUCCAAUGCCUUGGGGGAUAUAGCUGAUUCGUCUGAGGAGUUGCAUAUUGAGCUCGCCAUUUUGUUGGCGCUUUUGGUUGGAAUCUUGGAGUGUAUCAUGGGGCUCUUAAGGCUUGGAUGGCUUAUUCGUUUCAUUAGUCACUCGGUCAUAUCUGGAUUUACAAGUGCUUCGGCCAUUGUGAUUGGAUUAUCUCAAGUCAAAUAUUUCCUGGGGUAUAGCAUUGCCAGGAGCAGCAAGAUUGUGCCACUAGUUGAGAGCAUUAUAGCUGGAGCUGAUAAGUUUCAAUGGCCACCUUUCUUGAUGGGAUCUCUCAUUCUAGUAAUCCUUCAAGUAAUGAAGCAUGUGGGGAAAGCAAAGAAGGAACUUCAGUUCUUACGAGCAGCAGCGCCACUCACUGGAAUCGUGCUUGGUACAACCAUUGCAAAAGUGUUCCAUCCACCUUCCAUCUCUCUGGUCGGAGAAAUACCUCAGGGCCUUCCAACAUUUUCUUUCCCAAGAAGUUUUGAUCAUGCAAAAACAUUGCUUCCAACAUCAGCUCUCAUUACUGGUGUUGCCAUCUUGGAAUCUGUGGGAAUUGCCAAAGCACUUGCAGCAAAAAACAGAUAUGAGCUGGAUUCAAAUUCAGAGUUGUUUGGUCUUGGUGUUGCAAAUAUAUUGGGGUCGUUAUUUUCAGCAUACCCAGCUACAGGAUCCUUUUCUAGGUCAGCUGUGAAUAAUGAAAGUGAAGCUAAGACUGGCCUAUCAGGACUCAUAACAGGAAUCAUCAUUGGAUGUUCUCUACUGUUUUUGACACCUGUGUUCAAAUACAUACCACAGUGUGCUUUGGCAGCAAUAGUUAUCUCUGCUGUUAGUGGCUUGGUGGACUAUGAUGAAGCUAUCUUCCUGUGGCGCGUGGACAAGAGGGAUUUUACACUUUGGGCCAUCACUAGCACCACGACCUUGUUCUUCGGAAUAGAGAUCGGUGUCCUUGUUGGUGUUGGCUUUUCCCUAGCUUUUGUCAUCCACGAGUCUGCAAACCCUCAUAUUGCUGUCUUGGGGCGUCUUCCAGGCACCACAGUGUACAGAAACGUAAAGCAGUAUCCCGAGGCUUACACAUACAAUGGGAUUGUGAUUGUCCGAAUCGAUUCUCCUAUUUACUUUGCCAACAUAAGUUACAUCAAGGACAGACUAAGAGAAUAUGAAGUAGCUGUUGACAAAUACACAACCAGAGGACCAGAGGUGGAGAGAAUAUCCUUUGUUAUCCUCGAAAUGUCUCCUGUAACUCACAUAGACUCGAGCGCAGUGGAAGCCUUGAAAGAAUUGUAUCAGGAGUACAAAGCAAGGGAUAUUCAGCUAGCGAUAUCAAACCCGAACAAAGAUGUGCACAUGACAAUAGCGAGAUCAGGAAUGGUUGAGCUUGUUGGAAAAGAAUGGUACUUUGUGAGAGUGCAUGACGCGGUACAGGUGUGUCUUACUUAUGUACAGAGCUCUAACUCUGAAGAGCAGAAGGAACCAAGUUUCUUGAGGAGGUUCGGGAAUAACGGGAGCAGCAACAACUCAUCAUACAGUGAUAUUCAACCCGGUAACACUCUUUUGAAAGAGGCACUGUUGUCAGGUGAAAAAUAAGGCAUUAUAUAUAAUGUAAAGUAGCUUCACUGUGUAUAGUGGGUUGCGAUUUUGUAUACAUCACGAUCUUCUUGGUUUAUUACUUAACUAGAGAAAGAUAAUCCUUUACUGAUAGAAUAAAAACAGAUAUUGUGGAAUUGAAAACAAACGGUUUGUUU